AAAGCAGCUUGGGCACUAGCCAUGGACCGUAGGCUCAACAUGGUUUCUAUCAAUCCUGGUCUUAUCGUCGGACCGUCGGUUGCACAACAUAACCCUAGGCCCACCAUGUCCUACCUCAAAGGAGCUGCACAAAUGUAUGAGAAUGGAGUGUUGGCAUAUGUAGAUGUGAAAUUCUUAGCGGAUGUUCAUAUUAGAGCAUUCGAGGAUGUUUCAGCAUGUGGUCGAUAUUUCUGCUUCAACCAAAUCGUCAACACAGAAGAAGAAGCUCUCAAGCUUGUCCAGAGUUUGUCUCCUUUGAUACCUAUGCCACCGAGGUAUGAGAGUGUAAUGCAAGGAAGCGAAGUUUACGAAGAAAGAUUGAGGAACAAUAAAUUGAGCAAGCUGGUGGAAGCUGGCUCUGCUUGUUAAACAAAUAUUAAAAUUAUUAAAAUUGAAAAUGAGGAGCUUAUACAAGAAAGGGUUAUAGUUUGUUUAUUAAGCUUCUCUCAAUUCAUACUUCAUGGUAGCAUGUGUUCUCGUGAACUAUUUAUUUAUAAAAUAUCAUAUUGUCAUGUGAUAUAUAUAUUAGUAUACGAGUGAUGGGUAGAGGUUUUAUAUAUUUUCCGGGAGCACACAAUGUCAAUGCUUUCUACAAUUUAUUUAUUUAUUUUA